AUGACCACUGAAGGAGGAUUCCUCGAAGCAUGGGCACAAGGAUACAACGUAGGCAGCUUGAUCAUUUUGAUUCUGUUGGUGUUCUGCAACUAUCGAUCUGGCAUACGGUUACACAAGCUCAUUCUCCUUGAGCUCGUUCUUGCAAUCUGGCACGGCACCUUCAUCUUCGUCGAGGAUCCGCGAUAUGGCUGGUAUCUUAGCUCCACAGCGAGUCUUCUCUUCAUCUCCUACUUCCUCCACAAUGUCGUCUCGUGGCUCAAGAUCAGGCCCUUUCUACCAUGCUGGGGAUCCCGUCUCUUCAUCAUCUCGCUCCUCUGCGUUCAGCCCUUCUGGGUCGUCGAGGCAUGGUCCAACUUUGCCUACUUCAACCAACUCAAAGUCGGUUCCAAAGUCAACCUCCGCACACGCCCCUGGGAAGCUUUGCUCCGCGAUCCCUGGUGGAUCUUCACAACCUGGAAGCUGAUGCACUCGAUCAAGCAGACUUAUGCUUACAGUAUUUGGACUUUGAUUUGUAUCAACAGAAGGUUCGGCGUCAUGCUGGCAUGCAUGUUGCUCUCUAUCGCCUUUCUAAUUGCCGACGUUGUCGUAAGCGCCGCCAAGAUCACAGCUCUCAGCGGCAUAAACCCAUACUGGCGCAUCGCACUAGUGUUCAAAUGCGCAUCCGAUACCAUUUUCCUUGACGACUUCAAGUCCGUACUCGACGACAUUGUAGCGCGCAAAUUCAGCUCUGCCGGUGACACUGUGCAUCGCGGGUCCGUUCCUGGCACCGUUACCAACCGACGACUCUCCAGAUCGCCAUCCCGCGGCGAAGAGUUUAUCGAGUGCAGUGCUUUGGAGCCAAUUAGUGCACCAGCUCGAAGGACCGGUUUUACCCAGACCGGCGCAUACGGUAUAUCGCAACCCGGAGUUGCGGGCAAGUGA